AUGGCUGACCGACCAAAUGAUCCACCCCACCAAACUGGGGCUUGCAGUCGUGAGCGCCUGGGCACACUGGCUGGUGGCCUGCAUUUUAGAGGGAUACUUGCGUCGAACACGCACCUCACUGUGGAUGCAGCACAGUUGCGGGAUGUUCGUCUGGAUCCGGGCAGGGCUGCAGAGCAGCAGCGGGACACGGCUGCACGAGCUGCUGCCCGUCAAAACCCGCAGUACAGGGCUGCGGAGCAGCAGCGGGACACAGCUGCACGAGCUGCUGCCCAUCAAGACCCGGCUUACAGGGCUGCGGAGCAACUGCGCCGCCGAAAUCCGGAGUGCAGGGCUGCAGAACAGCAGCGUAACACCGCUGCACACGCACAGGCCCGUGAUCAGGUGCAUGCAAUACAGCUUCCGCAGGCCAGCUUGCUUGAGCGUUUGCGGGACCUCAUGCGGUUUCCCUGCUUGCACGAGGGCCACCGCCCUGCACUGCCUGAUUUUCUGGAGGCCAUUCCGGAAGGUGUUCGGAAGACCAGUCAGCACUUCGUGCCUGGGUGGACAUUCCCAAUGUGGACAUUUUACGUGCCGACAUCAUGUGCACUGCUGCCGUGCCGCGUCAUGCACAUCCGGUUUUGCCAGCUCGGUAUCGUAUCAGCAGAUCCGAGCGUGGCAGUAGUGGUGGCGCCGGCGCUGACGCCGAUCCAGCGGCAUUCGUGGAUGAAGAUGCGUUGGCGGUUGACAGUGAUGGUGCAGGUCAUGGGGCUAAUGAGCCGGAUUCACCGGCAGCCACGACCUUGCCUCGAGGAUCCACGGAGUGUGGAGGUGCCAUUCUGCAUGCGCCUUGAUGCGGACUUGCCAAACCGGACCAUGUUCCGUGACGAUGCUGGCCCUGACCGAUUCACUAUCUGCACCUCUUGCGAGAAGGCACUGACGGCACGCCGAGUGCCUGAAGCGGCUCUGGCGCGAAUCGAUCCAGGCGACGUGCCGUCUACAAAUCACCUGGGCGACCCGUUGCCUGCACCCACGUUUGUGGAGAGUCAGCUGUUGGGCCGGGGCCGUCUCAUGCAGCAGCUAAUGAUUGUGCAUCUCGCGGGCCGCCCCCCCGAGGUGUUGCCGUGUGCCGUUCAGUCACAUGGCAUUGCAGUCGUAAACCCCGACCCCAAUAUGCUACGAGGCCAGCUGCCCGCACGUGUUGCGGAUUUGGCAGGCGCCUUCACGGUGGUGUGCGUGGAUCAAGUCCGAGACCGACAGGACUUGCUGGAUCGCGUCCGCCGUGCACCAGGCCUGAAAGUUCGAGGCAACGUCAUCGUCGCCUGGGUGCGUUUCCUUCAGCAUAAUGACGAGGAUGAAGAUCCAGAAGUCGCUGGUGUACUGCGGAGUACGUUCCUGCACGACCGUACCGGCGCUGCUGGUGUACGACAGCUGCAGGAGACGUUGCAAGGAAACGUUGCUGGUGAGAUCAUUCAGGGUGGUGGCGCUUAUGGAUCACCGCUUGAUACAGGUCCUGACGGGCCCACGGCCGGAACAACUGCCUCUGACACUCGUAUGGCAGCUGAUGCCCAUCUGGGCGUUCCGAAUGAACUGGAGGUGGUCCUUCCGCAACCAGCUCCUGUUCCGACGGACGGCAGCGACUUUGAUAACCGGCCCAAUGUGGUGCAUGACCUGCUCACCGGGCGUGCACGUCUCGCAUUCGCUGCUGGCGGCCGUGGCGCUCAGGUCCUGGAUGACCGCCACCCAGCCAUCCUUAACGUCUGCUUCCCGGUCUCGUUUCCAUAUGGUUUGUCCGGACAGCGGCCACCGGGUAUGUCGUUCGCCUCAUAUUGCAGCCACCUUGUACGGUGGGUGCCACGGUCACAGUUCAGCAGCAACUUAAUGCUGCUUGCCCGAAUGUAUGAUAUCAGCGUGCGGCAACAAAGCAUGGCGCAGGUAGGAGUGGCCCUGCGCAUGCGACCACGACUGGGUGGACCAGCGGCACGGGUACCGAGGGAUGUGGUACGCACCAUGGCGGACAUCUUGGCGCUGCCAUACCGUCACGCCCAGCGACGGCAGCUGCUGUCGCAGCAGUCGCCCGUGGUGCGUGCCCUCCUGGAUGGCGCACGUGCCAGCCUCCUGCGAAUCGACCUUACAGAUACCUACUAUAAUGGUGCAAAGGCCAUGAUGCGUGCGGCUGCCCUUACCAUCGGCUGGCCACCAUUGUUCUUCAAUCUCAACCCGGCGGACAUGCAUGCUGGCUGCGCUGUUGUAGCCUCUGGUCAGCUUAUAGAGUUCGACGACGCCGGUCGUCCGACCCAGAUCAGCAGCACGGUGGACAAGUGGCGCCGCGUCAAAGAAGACCCGCACAGCUGCGCGGCACUGCUCAUCGCCACAAAAGAGGUGUUGGUGGAGCAGUUGUUUGGCUUUGCACCUGGAGCAAUGCGGCAGACUGACCCUAACUGCUUCUGUGGGGUCGUAUUCGAGGUAGUCGUCAAGGUUGAACAGAGCGGGCGAUUGGCGCUACACUUGCAUGGAGUCGCACACCUCGAGUGCUUCGCACUGGACAACCUUCAGGCGUUAUUCUGUGGACCCAACUGCCGAGCUCUGGCGCUUGCAUACGCGCUGUGCGAAAUGUGGUACCCCUCCCCAUACUAUGCUCCGACACCGGACAGUGGGACACAGCCUCUGGUCAUGGCCUUUCAAUGGAUCGGUACCACCGGCCUAUUCUUGCUGCCCCGCCUGGCACCCAACCUCGUGCCACACAUGCCUGCCAUUGCCCUCGCCUUCGGCUGCAAUCAUUUGAUGUCCCUGGCCUGCGAAGUCGACCGGGAGUACACAGCUGACAUCGCUGCCCAACUAGCGCAUCCUCCCAACGAACACGGUGACUGCUCCCUCCUACAGCCCGCCAUUGACCGCGCCCGUGACGCCGCGUACUACAGCUCUAAGUACACUGCAAAGACGAUUGAACGCAGCCAGGCGCACCUCACAUGUGCCGCCGUGGGCCGUGUACAGGACUUCAUGAUGGCAGGUCACCGACCCAGCGCCACCGGUGAUGGACCCAGCACGUUCGGCAACCUGUGUACCGUGGUGCACCGCAUGACGGCCACUAUCACGGCUGGCAUGGCACUGGUCGCCUUCAAACUGUCAGGCCACGAUACGUUCCAAGCAACCUACAAACGCAACUACCUACCGAUAGGUGCCUUCACUGCACUGGCGUCCGAAUCCGCCGUAGAACCAGAAGACGCGGAAACCGGUGUGGAGCUUGUAGAGGCGGACGAGCAUGGCGACUACACCCUCACCAGCGUCGUACAGAACUACACGCAGCGUGGAGUGGAGCUGAGCGGCUUGGACUGCAGCGCCUACAGCAUCGCAUCCAACUUCGAGGUGAAACGUAUAACGCCCGCGCAGCACCCCCAUGCUGCCAUCCUCAGUGCCCAAGUCCUCCCUGUACCUGGCCGCCGCAAGCGCAAAGCCCCUGGCGCCGCUAUGACCCCUACUACUGACGCACCUCCCACCCCAUCUGGCACCCAGCCCACCGCCGCUAUGGCGUCCCCUGCGCCAGCUGGCCCAUCUGCAGAACAGCUGCCCACGAGCCCGAUGUCGACCAUACCUCCCAAGAAUGUGGCCUUCCAACCAACGCACCCGCUGUAUCUGACACACGUUCUUCAUCGCCUGGCGCAGCCGAGGUACGUUCUGCUGGGCGGUGCGCUGCCCCGCCGCCCGCAAGAAGGCAGCACCACCGCAGCCGCCGUCGCCUACUAUGCAUUUGUCUUAGGCAUCUUCAAGGCUCAUCGCGGCCAACCGGUGGCUGCCGAUCAGACGGUGAAAGAGGCGUAUGAUGCAUGGUGGAUGGACCUGGGAUCCACCGAGGCAGGCCGAUUGUACAGAGCCUGUGUAAGUGUCCUGCUAGACAACAUCGAAGCAGAGCACCUCGCCAGCGCCCGGCGCCAGGCCGACUACAACUUGCGACGCCGCCAGCGCCGCGCCACUGCUGCAACUGCCGGUCUGGCCCCGGACAACAGUUCCAGCGACCCGGAUGAUGACGACCCGGAAGCUGCACGAGGCCGCCUCGAACCCGACCCCGCCACACAGCCGCCGCAAGAUGAUCAGGUCGAACGGUACGACUUUGUACCAGGCCAAGGCGACCCGACGCUAGGAAUCAACCUGUCCGAUGUCGCCCUGACGGACCUGUAUGACCGCACCACAGUGGAGGGCCUGUACGCAUACGGUGCAGCUCGGCGUUGCCGUGUACUUCCUCUUCCCAAUGCCCUCGGUGCCAACACCAACCCCUUCAUCCGCCGUGUACGCACCACUGACAUCCCGCUGCUGAGCGAGGCUUCCAAGCGCCUGAAGCGCUACCUAGUCAUCUCCGAAGGCACCGCCACCAUGCCGACCACGACGGACCACACCCCCCAUCUUCGUUUGGAUCGCCACCCCGGCUACCCCCUCGUAGCGGUCAUCGUGACCGACACCCAGCAAACCAACCAUAUCACAGCGGGAAUGCCAACUUACCUACGUCUACCACAGCCACCGAGCAUCGACGACACCAUCGAGCUCUUUACCCUGGCGCCGGAUCAGGCCGUACCAUUCAUGCUCAUGGCACGUUAUUUCGACCGCCGCAACGAACCUGAUCCAGGCGUCCCGCCGCAGAUGCUCAUCAUGGGUCCUCCGGGCACGGGCAAGACUCAGUUCGUACACGCUCUACUGUGGUACACGUAUCAGCAUGACAGUCCCGACUGGGCCGCCACAUGUGCAUACUCCUGGGCUGCCGCGAUCGCCUUCAACACCCCAGUACACCGCAGCCUAUCGACCCACUCCAUGUUCGGCAUCUCAGCCAGUCAAAGCGGCUCCCGUGGCGCCAACCUUCCCAAGCGCGGCGCCCACGCCGGCCUUCAGGUCAAGCGCAACGUUGGUGAUGGGGCCGUCCUCAUCGACGAAAUUGGCAUGCAAAGCCACGAGCACCUCGGCGCCAUCAGCCACUCCUGUACAGCCAAUGUGCCGCCUCCACCACACCUUGGACCCGCCCAUCCCAGCAGCCGUGUCUUGUCCGGUCGCGUUGCUGGCGGAAUCGGCGACCUGCUGCAGCAUCCUCAGCCAGGCGGGUCGCCGCCAUACCGCUACGCCGCCAACGUCGAACAAAACCCCCAGUUCAGUCCCUCGGCACCGUCAGCACAGUGCUGGCCGGCCUCGGUUGACGAACGUGGAGGUGACCAUGCUGACGGCAGCAACAAUGACGGCAGUGAUGCCGAUGACGACACCGGCAACCGUCACGCCACCACCUCCACACGUCACACUCGUCGCCCCGUGCCACAAACGCACACCCGCCUACACGACGGCUUCAACCUGUACCGUCAGCUCGGCGGCACCGUAUUCAUGCUGCAGAAACAGCAGCGGCAAGACAACAGCCCAUCUGGCCAGCAGCUUACCCGCUUCACAACCAUGUUCGGCGGCAUUCAACCCACUGAAGCACGUGUUGCAGAUCUAGUAGACGCACUCAACCAACGCGUCAUCACAGAUUUGUCCGAUCUCACAGACCUCGAACCCCGUGUCGUGCUGCAACGGAACGAACCCAGGCACGCGCUCAACACACGCCUCCUGAUGCUCCAGGCGCGCCGCAAAGGAGCGCGUUUGGUCAGCUGGAACGCGGACCACGUCCCGGUUAGGCAACAUGGCGCAACCCAACAACAGCCGCUCUCCCACGUCGAAAAGGCUGUCGCAAUGCGAGUAAAAGACGCCACCUUCGACCACACCACCGCCGACACUUGGUACUACGAGGGUGCACGCUACACCCUACUCGACACCACUGCUGCCGACGCUGGCGCGUGCCACAACAAUGAAGUCGAGGCGUGUGGCCUGCUUACCGACAGCCGUGAACCGCCCGACGACGGCCGCGGCCCGUACUGGCGCCUCCACUACCUACCUGCAGCCAUCUUGGUCCGUCCCAUUAAAGGGCACGCGCCCAAAGCGGUGCUAGCAGACUUAGCGGACUUCGCAGCCAAAGGUGCUGCCUUCGCCAUCGUACUGACUAUGUACGUACUGACUCGCCAUCGUACCACGGCCCUCGCCGGCGAAAGACUCGGGGAAAGACUUGGUCAUGGAUGGGUUUUCCAGUCAUGGAUUUGGUCAUGGAUGCGGUCAUGGAUCCGGUCAUAA